AUGAGUAAAACAUCCAAGGGUUCGACAGCACCAGCUGAAAAUACUAUCAAAGACAUUACUGAAUAUUGUGAAGAAUAUCAAGAACAUAUCGAAAAACUAAAAAAGAAAAAAAAAGAAAAAGUUGAUUACGAAAACAGAACACGGCUAAUUCAACUCAUGUGUGACAGACUGAGAGAAAGAUCUUUGGUCGAUAAAUUGCUUGUUUCAGUUUUUGGCCCAAAUGCAAACCAUUCUAUCUCUGAGAGGGAUUUAGUGUUGGAUUAUGCAGGUCUGACAAAUGACCCAAAUGAUUUUAAAAAAAAAGCUUUUAGAAAAAUACUGAAAACUCCUUUUAGGGUCAACAAGAACAUUGAGAAGGUUUAUUGUUGCCAAUUUGCCUCAAAAUAA